AUGCUUUCCACCGGCUCUCGCUCCCUCCGUCGGCUAUCCCCAUAUACCACGAAUGCUGCCUUCACUCGCCGGACCAUCGGUCGCCUCUCACCUCUUGCUCACAAUGCCUGUAUAUCUACGCAAUUGAAAUCUCUCCAUAGCCUUGGUGUAUUGCCUACGGUGGCUUUGCAAACAACCCAAGUCAAAGUUCGGCACAGCUCGCAAUUACAAUCACCCACGGCGCACCCAGUUCAGUCGGAAAGUGCAGAAAAGAAUCCCGCCACUCACUAUGUUCCGCCAAAGACUGGCUUGAUCGCGUCCUUGCCAAGUUCAUGGAUUCCUUAUGCAGAAUUGGUACGACUGGACAAGCCCACGGGCACAUAUUACCUGUUCUUCCCAACACUCUUUUCCACUCUCCUCGCGGCACCAAUGGCUGUUGGCGCAACACCACUUCAGGUCCUUGGAACCGUGGGACUUUUCUUCUCUGGCGCGCUUAUCAUGCGAGGUGCAGGCUGCGCCAUCAAUGAUCUCUGGGACCGAAACCUGGACCCCCACGUUGAACGCACCAAAUUCCGACCUAUUGCCAGAGGCGCGCUUGCGCCGAAAAAUGCAGUGCUCUUUACUGGGUCACAACUGCUGGCUGGGCUGGGUGUGCUUCUUUCGUUCCCCUCCCAGUGUCUCUGGUAUGGAAUUCCUAGUCUGCCCAUCGUGGUGGCUUAUCCUCUGGCCAAGCGUGUGACCAACUAUCCACAGGCGGUCCUGGGUCUUGCCUUUUCCUGGGGAGCAAUUAUGGGAUUUCCGGCAUUGGGUGUAGACCUGCUUUCUAACUACGACGCUUUGAUGGCUGCAGGUGCCCUGUACUCCAGCUGCAUUGCGUGGACGGUUCUGUACGAUAUGAUUUAUGCCCACAUGGAUAUCAAAGAUGAUGUUGCUGCUGGGAUCAAGUCAAUUGCUCUCCGUCAUGAACACAAUACCAAAGCUGUCCUAAGUGGUCUUGGAGCCGUUCAGGUUUCACUCCUUGCGGCCGCUGGAGUUGCCGCUGGUUGUGGACCUGUCUUUUUCGUGGGAAGCUGCGGCAGUGCUGCUGUAUCACUUGGCCUUAUGAUUUGGAAAGUUCAGUUGAAAAAUGUUCGGAACUGCUGGUGGUGGUUCAAGAAUGGAUGCUUAUUGACCGGUGGAGGAAUCUCCUUGGGCUUACUGGGCGAAUAUACCGCACAGUACCUUGAUUUGUAUAACAACCCAGCGCCCUCGAGCGCUGAGAUGAUACAGUAA